UCGAGCCGAGCCACGCGUAUUUCUUACCGUCGGACAGUUUUGCUGGUUGAGGAGAACGUAACCUUGAGUAUCCCUGUAAGAAGAUACUGCAAGCUGUGGGAUAAAAUACUUGUUUAUCCUUUCUUACAUCGGAGUCCCGUGGACGGUUUCUCCUUCUAACGCACACGAGUGAAGUCCGGGCAGUGGUUGAACUUCGACCCCCACGUCCGUAAGAAACACCGCUCCCGCUGGAGGACUGGACGUUUGUCGAAGGGUUUGAAACCAAAAUAAAUGGCAAGGUGGGCCAAAUAGAGUCCUGUGUGUCCCCCCUCCUUCCUUGAUCAUGAUGAUGAUGAUGAGAGGCUGAGGGCCCCCCACAACACCUGGGGCCCCACCCAACUAGAACACAACGCAGAGCUAAUGAUGAGACUGACGGGCGUGCAGCAGGCUGACCAGCAUAGAACAGCAUAGGACUGCCCCCGUUACAUUGGUGCCGUGACCCUCCUGGAUCCUGAGAGUGACAUCAGUUGCUCGCCGCGGGAGGCUGCUGUCGUCAUCAAGCCCCAGACGUCCUCAGUGAGUAGCAGCGACAUGGCUGCUGAUGACAAGUCCUCAUCCUCUUCCUCUACGGAUUGGAGUGUGGAACCGCCUGUUAUCUCACCUGCUAGCCCCUCCCACUUGACUCACUUCAAACCACUCACACCGGAGCAGGAUGAGCCCCCGCUCCGCUCUGCAUACAGCUCAUUUGUCAACCUGUUCCGCUUCAACAGCAAGGAGGAGGGACGGUCCUUAGCGGGUUCAGAAAAGCAAGAGGUGCCAGCCCCCUCCCCACAAAACGAGAGGAGCAGCUGGUCCUCCAGUCCUUCGCACUCGGUCCACAGGUCAGGAACACAUCGGAAACAGCACCCCAACCUUCCCCGACGCACGUCCACUGCCUCAGAAGGCCGCAGGAAGUCUGAGACGCCUCUAGGCAGUCAUGACCCUCGCACAGCUGUGCAGCUCCGCACUGCUCUGAAGAGGCUGAAGGAAAUCAUGGAGGGGAAGAGCCAGGACAGCGAUUUGAAGCAGUACUGGAUGCCGGACAGCCAAUGCAAAGAGUGCUACGACUGCAAUGAGAAGUUCACCACCUUCCGCCGUCGUCACCACUGCCGGUUGUGCGGCCAGAUCUUCUGCAGUCGUUGCUGCAACCAGGAAAUCCCCGGCAAGUUUAUGGGCUACACAGGAGACUUGCGGGCCUGCACCUACUGUCGUAAGAUAGCGCUAAGCUACGCCCACUCGGCUGACUCGGGUUCUAUCGGUGAAGACUUGAGUGCGCUGUCGGACUCUCCCUGCUCUGUGUGUGUGUUAGAGCCCAGCGAGCCACGGACCCCUGUAGGCGGACGCAAAGCCAGCAGGAACAUCUUCCUUGAGGAAGACCUGACCUGGCAGAGAAAAACUCCCAUUGGGAUGAGAAAGAAUUUGAUUCACCAGGACUCUCAGAACAGUGGCCUCAAUCCCAGACUGACAACACUACAAGAAGAUGUAGGCAAAUCACCUGCUAGGAAGAGGUCUGCCAGCGUGACCAACCUGUCCCUGGAUCGCUCUGGCUCCUCAAUGGUGCCUUCCUACGACAGCUCUGUCAGCCCACAGACCAGCCGGGCCGUGUCGGGCACCAAGGCUGGUGCUAAGCAGGGGACCAAGCCAGACCACAAUGAGGAGGAGAGGAAGAUUCUCCUGGAUUCCUCUCAGCUGAAGGACCUGUGGAAGAAAAUCUGCCAUAACAACACAGGUAUGGAAUUCCAGGACCACAGGUACUGGUUAAGAACCUACCCAAACUGCAUUGUAGGAAAGGAGCUGGUCAACUGGUUACUGAGGAACGGCACCAUCUCUAACAGAGCCCAGGCCAUAGCCAUAGGCCAAGCAUUGGUGGAUGGUCGCUGGUUGGACUGUGUCACACAUCAUGACCAGCUGUUUAGGGAUGAAUAUGCUCUCUACCGCCCUCUUCAGAGCACAGAGUACUCAGAAACACCGUCUCCAGACAGUGAUAGUGUCAACUCCCUAGAGGGACAUUCAGAACCCUCCUGGUUCAAGGACAUCAAGUUUGACGACAGUGACACAGAGCAGCUUGCAGACGAGAAUGAUUACAUCGUGCCUAACUCAGCCAGCCCUAGCAAGAGGACGUCUGUCAGUAGUUUCCAGUCGACAGUGGACAGUGACUCUGCUGCCUCCAUCAACCUCAAUAUGGAGCAGGACAAUGUCAACUUUCACAUCAAGAAACAGUCCAAGUAUCCACACGUACCUCCCCACCCUGAGCAGAGAGCAGAAUUUCUGGUGUCUGAGGACGGAGGUCAAAACAUUUCCAUCAGUGACGCCUUCAUCAAAGAGUCUCUGUUUAAUCGACGUGUUGAAGAGAAGGCCAAAGAGAUGCUGUUCACUCCCCUUGGAUGGCACCACAGCUCUCUGGACCAGCUGAGAGAGGAGAAUGGAGAAAAGAAGGCCAUGGAGAGGCUGCUCUCUGCCAACCACAGCCACAUGAUGGCGCUGCUGCAGCAGCUGCUCUACAGUGAAUCUCUGUCCCUGUCUUGGCGGGACAUCAUUGUCCCCGUGGUCCGCCAGGUGGUCCAAACAGUGCGGCCAGACGUCCGCAGCUGUGAUGACGAUAUGGACAUUCGGCAGCUGGUCCACAUCAAAAAGAUUCCCGGAGGGAAGAAGUUUGACUCAACUGUUGUGAACGGCUUUGUGUGCACCAAGAACAUCGCCCACAAGAAGAUGAACUCAUACAUCAAGAACCCCAAGAUCCUGCUGCUGAAGUGUUCCAUAGAGUACCUGUACAGAGAGGAGACUAAGUUUACUUGCAUUGACCCCAUUGUGCUACAGGAACGUGAAUUUCUGAAGAACUAUGUGCAGCGGAUAGUAGACGUUCGUCCCAACUUGGUGCUGGUGGAGAAGACGGUGUCUCGUAUCGCUCAGGAUAUGCUGCUAGAACAUGGCAUCACUCUGGUUAUAAACGUCAAACCUCAAGUCUUGGAUAGGGUGAGUCGUAUGACUCAGGGUGACCUGGUGAUGUCUAUGGACCAGCUCCUCACCAAGCCUCGCCUGGGGACCUGCCAUAAGUUCUACCUGCAAUCCUUCACACUGGCCAACCAUGAGUCGAAGACCCUGAUGUUCUUCGAAGGAUGUCCCCCGCAGCUGGGCUGUACCAUCAAGCUACGCGGCGCAUCUGAGUACGAGCUGGCCAGGGUGAAGGAGAUCAUCAUGCUGAUGGUGUGCGUGGCCUACCACUCCCAACUGGAGAUCUCCUUCCUCAUGGAUGAAUUUGCCAUGCCACCCAGCCUAGCGCAGAGCACCUCUUUUCCCUGCCUGCUCGAUGGUAGUUCUGCGGAGGAGGGAGCAGAUGACGAAAGUAAAAAAGAUGAAGAGAGCCAGCAGAGAACAGAUGGGCCCGAGAUUGAGGUGGCGGUCUCUGCCCCAGGGGUAGAAGUAGGAGCAAGGCUUCAGGAGGAGGAGAGGACCACCUCAGAGACUUCAUCCAAGGAAGGAGUGGCAGAGGACCUCCAAGUGAAUUUGAACCCCAAACUUUCAUCUUCUCCUAUCCAGGGGGAGGUGAUCAGGGACACAGAGACCACAACCUCCAGCCUCCCCACAGUGCCUCCCUCCGUCUCACCUCCCUUCCUCUUGGACGAAGAACAGGUGGAGGAGUCAGACACUCUCGUAAGGGCGUCAGAGGAGGAGCAGACAGUGGAGGAGGGAACCCCAGGGAGGGCGGUGUCUUUAGGCGAGGAUGAGGAUGGUGAGCGUUCAGAAACGCCCACCCCCAGAUUGUUCCGGGACCCCCUUCAGGAUGACACAGGGCUGUUUGUUGCAGAGCAGGUGGCCUCGUCUGAUGACCGCCUCAAGUCCAUCUCCGCUGUCUUCAAGCAGGAGCUCAAUGACAUCAUCCUGUGCAUCUCCCCGUUCAUCACUUUCCGAGAACCGUUCCUCCUCACCCCCGCUGGCCUGCGCUGCCCAAGCAGGGACUACUUCCCUGAGCAGGUCUACCUGUCCCCCCUCCUCAAUAAGGAUCUGAAGGAGUUGGACGGGCGCAGGAAGCGGCAGCUUCUCAAGGACUGCACUCCCUCCUCCACAGUAGUCAGCCUGGCCAACGGGGGACCCCCACGGCCCAUCGACAUCCUGCCCUGCCACCGCCUCACCAGCACCCGCAUCGUGGAGCAGCUGAGUGACAGCCAGGACCUGGCGAAGAUGCUUGCAGACUACAGAGCUAAAGGAGGCCGUAUCCAGCAGAGGGAGGCUGCAGACCCCUUUGACUCUUCUGGCAUAAGCGCAACCCAGAACAGGGAGCGGGAGCGAGAUGCGCCGCUAAGGACACCAGGGAAAACGGAGAGUGAGGAGGAAAAGCCGGGUGGAUUAAAUGAUAUGAGCUGGGCCUCCAAGCUGGACUGCCUGAACCCUGUCAACCAUCAGAGGCUCUGUGUCCUCUUCAGCAGCUCCUCGGCCCAGUCCAACAAUGCCCCUAACCCCUGUGUCAGCCCAUGGAUUGUCACAAUGGAGUUCUAUGGCAAGAAUGAUCUUUCUCUUGGGGUGUUCCUGGAGAGAUACUGUUUUAGGCCAUCCUACCAAUGCCCUAGCAUGUUCUGUGAGACUCCCAUGGUGCACCACAUUCGUCGGUUUGUGCACGGCAGUGGCUGCGUGCAGAUUGUGUUGAAGGAGCUGGAUUCUCCUGUGCCCGGUUACCAGCACACUAUCCUCAACUACUCCUGGUGCCGCAUUUGCAAACAGGUGACACCAGUGGUGCCUCUGUCCAAUGACUCCUGGUCUAUGUCAUUUGCCAAAUACUUGGAGCUGCGUUUCUACGGCCACCAGUACACCAGGAGAGCCAAUGCUGAGCCCUGUGGGCACUCCAUCCACAAAGACUACCACCAGUACUUCUCCUACAACCAGAUGGUGGCAUCCUUCAGCUACAUCUCAGUGAGGCUGCUGGAGAUCUGCCUUCCUCCUCCAAAGAUCUUUAUCAGGAACAUGGGGCCUUCUAAAGCUAACAUGCAGCAGGAUCUCAAGGACUUCUCUCAGAAAGUGUCACAGGUUUACCUGGCCAUUGACGAUCGCCUGACUUCCCUGAAGACAGACACCUUCAGCAAAACACGAGAGGAAAAGAUGGAGGACCUCUUUGCUCAGAAAGAUAUGGAGGAGGCAGAGCUGAGGGGCUGGAUAGAGAAGCUUCAGGUGCGCCUGCAGGCCUGCGGUCUGGACUCCCCCCAGCUGCUCCAGGCUGUUCUUGAAUCAGUUGUGAUGAAGAAGCAGAGCCUUUGCGAAACCUUGCAGUCCUGGAAUAGCAGGCUGCAGGACCUUUUUCAGCAGGAGAAGGGUAGGAAGCGUCUAUCGGUUCCUCCCAGCCCAGGCCGGCACAGACAGACUGCCGCUGAUGACAGCAAGACAAGUGCCCUUGAGUCCUCCCCUCGCAACCCUUCUCCUGUGGUGCUGAAUGGUGAGAAAGAGGACCGGCACCUCAGCACCCUCCUCACCAGCUCCUCUUCCAUGCUGCCUUCACCAGGAGAAUCAACCGCUGAGUCAGUCACUUCCGGCCCCUCCUUCCCUGACCAAGACUCUGUCAGCAUCCCAGAAGAUGUAUUUGACGGACACCUGCUGGGCUCAAAUGAUAGCCAGGUGAAGGAGAAAUCCACAAUGAAGGCCAUCCUGGCCAACUUUCUUCCCGGCAACAGCUACAACCCAAUCCCCUUCCCUUUUGACCCGGACAAGCACUAUCUAAUGUACGAGCAUGAGCGGGUGCCCAUCGCCGUGUGCGAGAAAGAGCCAAGCUCUAUCAUCGCAUUUGCUCUCAGCUGCAAAGAGUACAAGACAGCCCUGGAAGAACUGUCCAAGGCAUCAAAGGCAGGAGGUGAUGAGAUGGCCCAGAUCAUCAGCGCUGGAGAGAGUCGGGCUAAGAGCAGCCCUGCCAAGCCCAGUGAGUCGGCCUCGUCCCAGCUAGGUCGCAGCAACAUGGAAGCUGAGCCAGUCAAGGAAUCUGAGUCUGUAGACAAACAGAAGAAACAGACUGGAAAUCCACACAUCGAGCUACAAUUCUCCGACGCCAAUGCCAAGUUCUACUGCCGCAUUUAUUAUGCCGAGGAGUUCCACAAGAUGCGCGAGGAGAUCAUGGAAAGCACGGAGGAUGACUUUGUCCGCUCGCUGUCCCAUUGUGUCAACUGGCAGGCUCGCGGUGGCAAGUCAGGGGCGGUCUUCUAUGCCACUGAAGAUGACCGCUUCAUCCUGAAGCAGAUGCCUAGACUGGAGGUCCAGUCCUUCCUGGAUUUUGCUCCUCACUACUUCACCUACAUCACUGGAGCAGUACAGCAGAAGCGACCAACUGCACUAGCUAAGAUCCUGGGUGUUUAUCGAAUUGGCUACAAGAACUCCCAGAACAACACGGAGAAGAAACUGGACCUGCUUGUCAUGGAGAACCUCUUUUAUGGACGCAAGAUGGCUCAGGUGUUUGACCUGAAAGGUUCCUUGAGGAACCGAAAUGUGAAGACAGACUCGGGGAAGGAGAGCUGUGAGGUGGUCCUGCUGGAUGAGAACCUCCUGAAGCUGGUUCAUGACAAUCCGCUGUACAUCCGGGCCCACUGCAAGGCCAUCCUCAGAGCUGCCAUCCACAGUGACGCCUACUUCCUCUCCAGCCACCUCAUCAUCGACUACUCUCUGUUAGUGGGCCGGGAUGAUGCCACCGACCAACUAGUGGUGGGGAUCAUAGAUUAUAUCAGAACAUUCACAUGGGACAAGAAACUGGAGAUGGUUGUCAAGUCCACUGGGAUCCUAGGAGGACAAGGGAAGAUGCCCACGGUUGUUUCUCCUGAGCUGUACAGAUCCCGCUUCUGCGAGGCCAUGGACAAGUAUUUCCUCAUGGUGCCUGACCACUGGACUGGCCUGGGUGUCAACUGCUGAAAGCCUGGGAACUCCUGCAGCACAUGCAUGUCCAAAUACAAAACACACGCACACACACAACCAGUUUUGAGAGCAGAAGCCUCAGUACUUGAGAAUUAUUUGACUCGGUCUGAAACCAUAAGCACACUGGACUUUAUAAAUGUCUGAAAAUCCCUGGCCAGUGUACUACUACUCGGUAUCAUUCCUUAGUAAAAGUGCCACUCUUCCAUUUCAGGAUAACUUAAGUAUCAGUUUUUAACUCUGAGGACACUUUUUAGUAUUAUGAGAAACCAUUUAUCACCCUCUGAAAACGUGUUUACAUAGAGGGUACUUGAGUUUAUCUUUGCCAUGGGUCCAAAUGUUUCUAUAGGACACAUGGUGAGCUAGCACUGACAAAAGGCAAACAAUCUUACUUUUAGUUCUAGUUUGAACAAAGUAAUUCAUGUAAUUUAAAGUUUAUAAAUGUACAGAGAUUAUGUAAGUAUUAAAAGAUUAUUAACACCAUCAUAUUUUCAGUUGCCUUUUUUUCUCCAUUAAAAUGGGUAACUUAUGGAUUUAACUAUUAUGGAUUUACUACCCUGCUGGCUGAUAAAAUGUGUUUAUUCACAUGCAAAACCAGUGGGAAAUGUCAACACUGUACCAACCUGCUCCUAUUUGGUACAGUAUUUAGAAUGUAGAAAUUUGGCAAGGGCUAAUAAAGCAAGGAAAUAGCUAUAAAUAGAACUAUAAAUAAAUAGAUCUGCCAAAUAUUGUGAAGGGACUGUGUAGGAUUGGUUGUCACAUUAAUUAGCUGACAUUCACUUGUGUGUCAGCCAGGACACAGGAUCUUCAGGUCACUGUACUUUAUUAUUUGAG